AUGGAUAUCGUUCUUGAGAUUUGCGACUAUUAUCUUUUCGAUAAGGUCUACGCCAAGUUACUCCCAGCCAACACUUCGCUACCAGAUGUUUUCACAUCAAACCUAAAAAUCGCAUCAAGUAUAUCGUCAUCAACAACAUCAACUCCUUUGAACACAACAAAAUCAACAUUAUCCAACCUUUUAGGUCGUGACUUUUUCAACCAAGGACAAAGCAACCCCAUAAUCGCCAAAUUAAUAUCAUUUGUGCUUUACUUCCAGAAUAAGGAUGAGGUUUAUGGAUUGCCAAAGUAUUUACCAGCAACUGCCUACACAGACGCCUCUCUUUUGUCCAGGUCCAACAUAUUGAGGGAAGCUAUCUCCAUGUUCACAGUCACGGCCAUUUUCGGAUGGGUCCUAUAUUUCUCGGUAGCAUACUUGUCGUACGUUUUUGUUUUCGAUAAGAACAUUUUCAAUCACCCUAGGUACUUGAAGAAUCAAAUCUAUCUUGAAAUUCACAGAGCAUCCACUGCUAUUCCAGUCAUGGUGUUCCUCACGCUCCCAUUUUUCUUAAUUGAAAUUAAUGGGUUCUCCAGAUUGUAUUUGAAUGUAGAUGAGUCCACCGGCGGAUGGAAGGCGGUCAUGUACCAGAUCCCAUGUUUCAUUAUGUUUACUGAUUGCUUUAUUUAUUUGAUCCAUAGAUGGUUACACUGGCCAUCAGUUUACAAAUUGUUGCACAAGCCUCACCAUAAGUGGAUUGUGUGUACGCCAUUUGCCUCGCAUGCAUUCCACCCAGUGGAUGGAUACUUCCAAUCGUUGCCAUACCAUUGGUACCCUUUCAUAUUCCCAUUGCACAAGGUGUCAUACUUGUUGUUGUUUAGUUUCGUCAACUUCUGGACCGUUAUGAUCCACGAUGGAAAUUACAUGUCCAAUGAUCCAUUUGUCAAUGGUACUGCGUGCCACACCGUACACCACUUAUACUUUAACUACAACUAUGGACAAUUCACCACCUUGUGGGAUAGGCUUGGUAGCUCUUAUAGAAGGCCAGACGACUCCUUAUUCGUGAAAGGUUUACAGCCUGCUGAAUCCAAGAAGCUCUGGAAGAAGGACGUAGUGGAAAUGGAGUCCAUUAGAGGCCAAUUAGAAGGUAAGGAUGACGAUAGAGUAUACCUUGAUUGA